GUCACUUUCAACUUUGUUUGGAAAAAAAGUGCCAUUGUCAAAAAUUUUGACUAUAUUUUCUUUUUUUUAUUUUUUUUCUUUGAAUCAUAAUAUUUCAAAAUUAUAUAUAGCCAUUAUGGCAGAUUUUGAUGUUAUACGUGAUCAAACAUUGAUGUUUUUUCUGGAUCAUUUAAUCGGUAAAGGUCAAUCACGUACCUUACAUGAUUUGUCUUGUCAAUUUGGAGCUAAAGGUUUUACGAAAGAAAUGCGACAAAUUGCUGGCGGUAGUCAAGCUGGUUUGAAAAAAUUUCUACUAAAAUUUCCUUCUUUAUUCACUAUCGAUGGUGAAACUGUUCUACUCACACCAUUGAUUAGCGAUCAUAAUGGUUCUGCAGUUCGUGAUUAUACAAAAGAAACAAUUGAAUUUUUUACGGAUAAACUUAAUUCAUAUGGCGUUGCUGAAGUACCAUUGAAAAGUUUAUUUGGUCAUCGGUCUCAAGCUUCAUCCGAAAUUCGACAUGUUUCAGGCCAAAAUGUUAAAGAAUUUAGAGAAUUUCUAGAAACAUAUCCAUUGAUUUUUGUUGUUCGAGAUGAUUAUGUUGUUCUUAAGUCUGUACUUGAUCAGUUAGAACAAGAUGGACAUAAUGAUCGAUUAAGACGAAUGCCCGAAGAAAUUCAACAUGAUCCAUAUUUGAUGCAACAAUUAGUACAAGACCUUGAAGAUAAAGUCUAUAGUCUUACUGAAACUUAUUCAAAUAAAAUUUCUAUCGAUCUAUUAUAUAAUUCUAUGCAAUCCAAGGAGCAACUACCGGCUUUAUGGAAUGAUUUUAUAAAAGUGCCAACUGAUUUAAUAACAUUUUUACAUAUGAAUUCCCGGAUAUUUCUUGUACAAGGUCAAAUGGUCUCAUUGACUAAUGAACGGUUAACCGUUUUACGUGAUAAAAAACAACAGAUAAAACUUGAAUCAAAUUUAUAUUCUAGUCAAUCACAAAUUCAACAGCAACAAUUGCCUGUCCGAAAAGUACAGCAACACCAUGCACCAUCACCAUCGUCUUCCAACGGUCGAAUGGCGAGAACAUCAUGCUCAUCACAACAAUCAGUUGUUAAUCAACGGAUUAGAUCUCAAAUCAUUAAAAUUGUCUCACAAGGAUGCCAUAAUCCCUCUUCAUCAUCAUCAUCAUCAUUCAACGAUCAUCAAAAUUAUCGCCAUUUUCCAAAUAACAACGAAGAACCAUUAUCAUUAGAUAAUCAAAAUGAUUCAAAUCAAUAUGAUAGCAUAGAUUUGCAAUUAAUCAAACCAAGAAUUGUCGUUAAAAAUAAAGACUGUGAAAUGAUUGUCGAUGAAAUUUUUUCUUCUAAUACCAUCGGUGAAAAUUGUCCUGCUAUUGGAAUUGAUGUUGAAGGUAUCAAUCUAGGAACGAACGGUGAAGUUACAUUGAUACAAAUAUCAUAUAAAAAAACUAUCAAUAAAUCUAAUAAUAGUGGCAUUCAAAUUGUUUUGUUCGACGUUUUUCUCAAUCCAACCUUGAUACAAAGUGGCCUUAAAAAAUUGUUGGAAUCUGAAGAUAUUGUAAAAAUUGGCCAUGAUGUUCGCACAAAUUCUGCUUCACUUUACCGAUGUUUUGGCAUUACUUUGAAAAAUGUUUUCGAUACUCAGGUAGCACAUCUAAUAUUACAACAACAAUCCACUGGACGACCGGCAUAUAAACCAACCAAAUAUAUUUCAUUCUAUACUUUAUCCAAUGUUUAUGGUGGAUUAAAUUUAAAUCCUAAACAAAAAGAUCGACUACAUAAAAUCUAUAGAAAAGAUUAUAAAUAUUGGAAAAAUCGUCCAUUAACCGAUGAAAUGAUACAGUUUGCUGUGACCGAAGUUUAUGCACUAUAUCCAACCGUUUAUGAAAAUAUACGUGGCCAGAUUCGUACAGAAUAUGAACCACUUUUCAAACAACUAGUUUAUGAAUCAAUAUUUGCUUAUAUAAAUGUUGAUGAAAUCAAACAAUUGAAACGUCAACGAAAAUUUGAAUUAGAAUUGACUGAUUUGAAAUUGAAAUUGUUUAAUAAUGAUAAGAAAAAGAUUGUUUUGAGUAAUCGUGAAAUACGACUUUUAAGAUAUAUUGAUAUGACUGAAGAAAUUCGCAAUAAAAUCGAAGGUCCAAUGAAUGUAGCAAAGAAAUUGAAACGCUUUGAAAAUCGCAAACAGAAUGGCAUGAAUAAUGGUGAAAAUAAUAAAGCCGAAAGUAGUGGUGGUGAUGAUUCCGAAGUAGGUGAUUCAGAUGUCGAAUGCUAUAUGGAUACAGAAAGCCGUGUUCUUAUGGAUGAUUAUUAUUAUUCGGAAAAACAAACAUCCAGUUUAUCACCAUCCAGUCGAGAAUAUGAUCAUUCUGGCGAAUUCAAUUCGUCCGGUAUCGGACUUGAAUCACAACAAUGUUGCCAUUGUCAUUGUCAUGGAAAAUCAUUAUCAUCGAAUGCUAUCAAAAUGAAUGGACAGCAAGCAUCAUUAUCACCAAUAUUAUCGUUGGAACCACAGCAAUCAGCAUCGCCACAAUCAACAUCGUUGCCAAAAUGUGAUAUUGGUACGCAAACAUUAUCGACCGGUGAUAUUGUCAUCACAAAAAUUUAUCAACUAAAUCAUGAAACAACUAAUAUGAAUGGACCAUUAUCGAAAUAAUGGAUCCUUGUUAUCUUAACUGCCUUUUCAUUGUUAUUGAUGUAUUUUUUCUGUACAUUUUUUCUCUUUAUCGACAAUUUUUUUUGACUUCCAUUU